GGGCUUAAUUAUGCCAUACAUAACUUAUCUCUGUAAAGGCCUUAGUUCUCCAUAUUUAUGAGUUUUUCCUUUUGGACAGUAAGGGAACGCAAAAAAAGAAAAGAAAGAAAAACGACUCCAGCUCUUCCUUGGUGAUACAAUCUUGAUUAAGUGCUUUGAGGUUUUGGACUUGGUCUGGGUGGCUCUGUGAUUUUUGAAUUAGGCUUGGCGGCUUUAACACUUUUGGAAUUUAGCCUUGGAAGCCUUGAGAAUUUUAGUCAUGGCACCUGGUCGUCGCACCACUCGAUCUACUGCUCAAAGUCAACAAGUUGAACCAGUCAUUGAUCCUCCUGCUCCACCUUCACAAGUUGUUCGUACUACUCGGUUGAGUAUAGAGAAUCAACAAGUUGAACCAGUCAUUGAUCCUCCUGCUCCACCUACACAAGUUAUUCGCACUACUCGGUCGAGUUUAGAGAAUCAACAAGUUUGUCGCACCACUCGAUCUACGGUACUCAUUCAACGACCUAGAACCACCGCACAAUCUAAUGUAGAGAGAGAACACCCUCAAGGCUCCACACACCCUACUGUACAGGGUGAACAAGUCAAUGUGAUGACCCAUUUUGAUACCGAAGACGAUAAUCAAUCUUCCCAAGUUCCAUCAGGACAAACAUCUUCCUUUAAGCCACGUGGAGUUACUCGCAGCUUGACAACUACAACUAUAGCUAAGGCAUCAUCAACUGGAAAAGUGUCAAUGAUUUUUAAUGCGGAGUGUCAUUGGAUUCAUUAUUCGGAAUCAUGGUACAUUUCAUUAUAA